AAGUGAUAAGUGAAUUAUUAACAAUGAAUAAAAUUUUGUUGUUUGCGUUGAUAUCCUUUUGUGGUAUUGUCGUAAACGCUCAAACUUUUCAAUACUCUCGAGGUUGGACUAAUGGUAAACGCUCGAAUCUUGUUGUCACAGACAUGCCACCACCAUCAAGACAAAUGAUCCAAAAUUCUAUGCCACAAGUGCUGACAAUCAACGAUCUGAAUAAUCGUGAAAGAUUGAUACAGCACAUCAUUAAGAACCCGUGCGACUUAAGAAUGGCGUUAUUGAGUCACAACAUACAGCUGAAUGAUGAUCACAUGUCACCAACAGCUAACGAAAUCGAUGAUGACGUUGUUGAUCGUUUCAAAAGAGAUCUGAUGAAUCAUUAAAUUCUGUAACGACAAGUGCCACUCACUCUUUCCAUCCGUCACUAGUAAUCUUGGAAAAUCUCUAAAAGCAGAUUUUAUUUUCAUGGUAAAUUAUAUUAAACUGUAAGAUUCAAUGAAUGGGCAAAUGAAUAAACGCUUUUAAGAGGCUGCA